CAAAUGGGGUAUAAACAUUUGAAUCUGCUACAGACCUACAAAGUUCAGUUGGUGGGCGUCAAUUUGCCUUACAAUAAAUCUACCACUUUUCUAAUUCAGAGCAAGCACCAAAAUCAACCCUUAACCACAUUUCUAGUUCAACCCUGUAAAGAAUCCAAUACCUCCCGCGUUAUCUACAAAAGAAACGCUAUUCUAUCCAAGAAACACCCCCAAAACAGCAUCAAGAAACAAAUAAGAAACCAAAGAAAGGCAGAGUUUCGUGGCUAAAAGGCUGGAGAUCAGAACAACAUCAUCAAGAAGAAGAGCAGCAAUGGUGUUUCUAUAUCUUCUUCUUGCUAUCUUAAUGAGCUCGAUCGGUCUAGUGCAUGGACAAUUCUUGCCAAAUACACCCUCUGUAAUGGAAAAUGGAUCACAUGUAUCUGCAUUGUACUUAAUGGGUGAUUCUUCUGUUGACUGUGGAAAGAACAGUCUCUUUUACCCUCUCCUUCGCAGAAAUCUUUCUUUGCUUCCUUGUAAUGGGUCGGACUCCACCCUUCUUCCUCAUUUUCUAGCUCAGAAGAUGGGCUUGCCUAAUUCCCAGCCAUUCAACAGUCAGAAUGGAUCGAUUGAAGGGCUAAUAAAAGGUGUGAAUUAUGGUUCAGCGCAUGCAACAAUCAUAAGCCCCAGCAGCCAGAGCCACUCCACUUUUAACCAACAGCUGCGCCAAGUAUACGAGAGCUUCCAGUUGUUGCAGCUUCAGCUUAGACAGGACAUAGCCCAAGAUUUUAUCAAAUCCUCCAUGUUCUAUCUUUCCUUUGGAAAAGAUGACUAUGUUGACCUCUUUCUGAGGAAUUCUUCAGGCGUGAUGCUCAAGUACAGUGGCCAAGAAUUUGCUCGCAUUCUGGUCAACCAGAUGGUUCAUGCUAUACGGACCCUUUACGAUGCAAAUGUGAGGAAGAUCAUAAGCACAGGAAUAUUGCCGCUGGGAUGCACUCCACGCGUGGUAUGGGAGUGGUAUAAUUCAACUGCUAUUCAUCAUGGAAUGGGUUGUGUAGAAGAGAUCAACGAGAUGGUUUUGCAAUACAAUACAAUGCUUAAUGAGCAAAUUGUGGAGCUCAAUGUGGAAUUACCUGACGCUCAGAUAAUUUUCUGUGAUGUAUACCAGGGAAUGAUGGAGGUCAUAACCAACCCAACACUCUUCGGUACGAACCCUUUUUCAUUGUUCCCAUUUUUAAGGAAUUCUAGCCUGAAGCUGCUACACCAGUUGCUGCCGAUUUAUGCCUAAUCAUCCUCAAAGCCGUAAACUUCCUUGCUUUGAAAUUCUAUGAUUUUUUAAAAAUUAGUUCACUUCCAUUUUCUUAUCCUUAUAAUUAGCUUGAAUAGCUAGAUUGAUUUUUGUAUAUUGAUCUGCAAGAAGUAUACCAACUGCAAGUUCUUACAGAGUUGAGAUAGAUUUGAAAAUUUGUCACAGCUGUCGAUCGAUUCCUUUUGCCAUUCCUGCACCAUUUUACUAAGUUCUCGGUCCAUAGUAUCGAAGCAGCCACAUGAUUAUAUGUAACCUAAUAUGAUGUUACUGCUCCGAAGGUAAACUAGCUCGAGACGAUAACCCCU